UCGCCUAUGCACACGCCGUAUACCCCGUGCGGAGCCAAGUGGCACGGAGUUACUGAAAUUGGAAAUGCGCCCCGACAUUCAGUAGCUCAUUAUCGUGAUCAGUUAUCACUGAUCCGUCCUGGCCAGUUUCUGUGGACACCCUAUGCAGACUGUAUCCUCCCUGAGUACUGCAUUGAUUCGACUGCAUCCUACUUGUGCGAUACUUAUUUGGUGUGCUGGUCAUUUGUCGAGGCACACGAGGCUGGACGCGUUUGUCGACAAUUUAACCGCUACCAGCGUGUUCCUCAGUACUGUGAUAGGAUGCUACAUAGCUCCGGCCAUUUGAGUAAAAGUCAUCGCCGUGGGAGGAAGGGCGCUGAUUGGGCUAAGGUACAUAAGUUCUUCAUUGAUGAAUGA